GUGCCGAGGAAGUGACUUUUACCGGCCUUGUUAGCGCUGUGCUAGCGUUAGCGCUGUGCUAGCGUUUUGCUGCUGUGUUGCUGGCGUGUCUCUGUGAUAUUUACUGAGGAACACCUCAGGAGGGUGACGAUGGCACAGUCUACCGACCCUUGGUCAGAUUGACUCAUAGCGGCUGUCAUGGGAACUUUGACCCAGAAGGCAUGGGAGGUGAGCAGCCAAAGUGUAAAACCAAUGAUUAUUUAUUUUAUUUUAUUUUUUGCAGCCAUCUAAACAGCAGAUCCUACAGACAAAAGUUUAUUUCAGGAUGAAAAUCAAGAGAACAAACAUGAAAUCUAGUGACACCUUCUGAAAAGGGCUACGUCCUCAGGAUGUGGCCUUUUGCUUAGGACAUCAAUGCAGAUACUGCGGCAUAGUAUCGGUUGAGCAGAAGAACUGCAGAGUUACUAAACCGGCAGAUACUCUCAACAGAUCCAACAACCAUGAAGAUCCUUGCUGUCCUAGUUCUGGCCGUUUUCACUGGCUGCAAUGCCAACCUCUUCUAUGCUGAUGCUCCCAAGCCUCAGCUGGAGGUGCUAACUGACGCCUUUUGGGAUUACGUCGCCCAGGCCACUCAGACUGCCGAUGACACUAUCCUGAUGAUCAAGCAGUCUCAGUUGGGACAGGACAUCAGUGCUCGGCUGAACCAUGGCACUAACAUGGCCAACCAGUAUGCCGUCACCCUGCAUGAGCAGCUCCCCCCUGCGGCCAAGGAGUUGAUUGGUUUGGUGAGCGCUGAGGCAGAUAUGCUGAAAGAGCGCGUGACUCUGGAGAUGAACGCCGUCCGUGAGAAGAUGGAGCCUUACACCAAUGCCAUGAGAGACCAGGUCCAGGAGAGAAUUGAGCUACUGCAGUCAGAGCUCAAUCACCUUCUCACCAUGGAUUCGGAGACCCUCAAGACGGAACUCGUGAGGAGGAGCGAGGCGAUCAAGGCCAACCUGGAGCAAAGCAUGGCUGAUCUGCAGGCUCAGCUGGGGCCCCACACUGAAGAUCUAAGGCAGAAGGUGGAGGAGCACCUUCAGGUCUUCAAGGACAAUGUGACCCCAAUGGCGGAGAAAGUCCAGAUUGAGCUGACCCAGAGAGCCCAGCAGGUGAAAGACAUGGCCACCCCUUACGUUGGAGAGCUCAAGGAUACCCUGAACCCCUAUGCCCAGGACCUCCAGGCUCGUCUGAUCGCCCUCUACGAGUCCUUUGUCAAAAGCAACUAACUCUACCACUGCAUUGACAACAAAAAAACUGAGCUCACAGUUGUACAGUUCUCCCACAGGGGUUAUAUGCAAGCUCAUCAGUAUCUACAAAUGUUCAAGGUUUACAGUAGUACUCAGUGUUGGUCUGUUUGGCGCAGUCUUCCAUUACAAUUAAAAUAAAGCUCUUCCCCCCCAAAACAAAACAAAAAAAAAUUGUGACUUACUAC